GGAAUAAAUCGAUGUCAACAUCGAAUCCUUCUAUUUUGGUAGAUCCAUCGAUUCUGUUUUGAAAGAAUCGAUGUGCCUUAAACUAUAAAUAAGCUUGUUUUUACCUGGAAAAACGAGUGGUUAAUGGAACUUGAUUGAUAUAUCGAAAAAUAUCGAUGCAUAAUCGAUUUUUCCCGCUCUAGUGGGCGGUGCUUUCGUUUUCAGCUUUUUGACAGUUUGGUGCUAGACAUUCAACAAAAUUCAACAAAAAAAGGUCCCCUCGAUUUUAUUUUCUAUUUUAAUUUUUGUUUUCUUUUGGCAAAACCGUAAGCUGCUGUUAACAGCCAGACUUAGAAGCUAGAAUGUGUUCGCGGACACGUUGGGGGCGGAUCGAUCCCAGCAUCCAGGUCACAUUGGUGCAUGGGACGACGGGCAGAGUGAUCAGGCUUAAUCGGACAACGCUGCCGCGACGGGUGGAAAGGCAGCUGCUGCUUAUGGCAUCGACGUCGCCGUUUCUCAACUUUAUGAACAAGUUCCGCUUGGACGAGAUACUGAUAAACCAUCAUUACAAGGGCGUCUACAGCAUGCGCACCGCGGCCACCGUUACCGAGCUGGCGGCCUACACGUGGAACGCCAUGUCCGUUGCCGAUCGCCAGCCAUACGUCCGGCUGGCCCGGAAGGCGCAUCUGAUCCAGCAGGCGCGGCAGCUGCACUUUCUGGGCACCUGUAGCCGGCCGGUGAUAAAGCGGGGUUCCCUCUGUCCCAUUGUUGUUCAAAGCAGUCUCGGCGAAAUGUUGGCCCUGGGCUAGGAGCAUUUUGAAAAGUCUUUUAAUAAAUCUAUUCUUCUUUCUAA